AAGAGGGCGAGGCCUACAUUCGAAUUUGUUUCGCGGCCUCCCUCCCAUUGGUCAGCCAAUUCAGCGCAGCGAUUGGUUGUUCCAUUCAGGCGAAGCAUUUUGGUUGGUUAUUGAGACGGAAGCGAAAGCUGGUGGAAGUAUCUCAUAUUUCCAGGAAACUAUAUUUGCAAGCAUCUAUUUGUCAUGGGUGAUGUGCGUACCCAAUUAACACCGGAAACUCCAGGCCGAGCAGCUAUUUUGAAUCCAUUUGAGAGUCCAAGUGAUUAUUGCAGCUUGCAUGAGCCAUUUGUUUCUAGCCCAUCUGUAUUCAAGCCUUCCAAAUCUGCUGCAACUCCCCAGCAAUUUAGAUGGUCAAUCGAUCAACUUGCAGCAAUAAACCCUAUUGAGAUUGACGCAGAGGAUAUCCAUCGCCAAGCCUUAUAUUUAAGUCGUGCAAAAACAGAUAAGGAAACUGAAGAGAGGAGACAAAAAGCCAUUGAGGAGUUUUUUACAAAGAGAACAAUUGUUCCAUCACCAUGGACUCAACACGAAGGAAAGCCAGCUGCUCCUUUUCAUUCAACAAAAUGUGCCGAUCUUAUUCAUGAAUCCCCUGUAGGGAGAGUUCAAGCUGUACAAAGUGGAAAGAGCACAGUUGGAUGCCAGACACACUUGUCAUUACCAGUUGACUUCAAUUUAGAAAAAGUAUUAGGGGAAUAUUUCAGAGCUGAGGAGACUGCAGACCAAUCUCAAGACAAUCUCAGCUCCUCCUCCCUUAGAAGAAAGUUAUUUUUGGAUGGUCAUGCCAGUGGAUCAGAAUGUUCAUCACCAUCAUCACCACCACAGGAAGGGCCAUACUAUGACCCACCUGCCGCACUAGGUGUCCUUUGCUCAAUUGAUCUGUCUCCUGUUCGGUGCAGAAGUCCAACACAAACGCCGAGUUCGGGCCAAUUUUCCUCAAGUCCAAUCCAGGGUGGAAGACGAGCAUUCAGUUUGGGAAGCAUUACUAGUCCAACCUUCUUGGAAAAAUCACCUGCCAGCGUUACUUCUCCAUCAUUCUCCCCAAUUGCUAUUAAUCUGGGGAAAACUCCAGAUGCAGAACAGAAAAGGUUAAUCUUUCCUUCCCCUGAAACCCUUUCAGCUUCAACAUCAAUGGUUAAUGCUUUUACCCGGAACCCUUACAUUGAGGGGUGCUCUCCAAUAAAAAGUAUUUUCCAAAUUAAAUCAAGAUCUUGUAGAGGAAAUGCACCGCAUCGGACAUCUUUAUUUCAAAUACCAUUUGCCCUUGAACCUCACUCUGAUGACAAAGAAAACUCUCCUCCAUCAAGCAUCAAGUCACCUGAAGGUGAUCUCUCGAGUCUGUUUCAUCAACUAGAAAAUAUUGUACCUGAUGGCCACGUAAUGAUGGGAGGGGAACCCAUUGUAUCACCCACUGUUUACAUGCAGCAGGAGUAUUUACAAUCAGAGGAACUAAAAGAAAACGACACUGUGGAAAUGGUGGAACCUGUGGAAAUUGAAGAAGAACAUUCUUGGCCUAAGGAAACAGUGGCUACAGACAAUAUUCCAAUGGCUAGCUUCAUGACCGGCAUCACAUUUAGUGGAGAAAGUUCUCACAUGUGUAUGUCUCCUUUAGCUGAAAGCAGUGUUAUUCCAUGUGAGAACAGUAGCAUCCAGGUGGACAGUGGCUACAAUACACAAACCUAUGGGUCUUGCAUUAUGGAUGGGAUAGGAGCAGAAACUACAUACAAAGAAAACGAUACCCAUAUUUCUGACAUUCAGAAUAAAUGCCAGCAUUUCAAGGUAAAGGAUAUUUCAUCCGUAGACUGUAAAAAUCAGCUCUUGGAACCAGAAUCUCCAGAAUUUCAGCACUCCACACAAAAAUCCCAAAAUAAACUUGCCCGAUAUUCUCUAAACUCUGGUAUGUGGAAACUCACUGGUGAUGGAGCCAUUAACAGAUUAAAUAAAAAUGGGGGAGUCCAAAGCCCACCAAGAACAUUGAAUCCAAAGUCCUUGUCACAUUUCCUGCAGUAACUACAAACACUACACACCACUUGUUUUUUAUUUUAAAGAGGACUGUUAAUAUCAAUUAAAGACGGUGCAAAUUGUACUGGUUUUUACUGUGAAAAUAGGGUUUAAGUCAGCAGUGCAAUUACUAAACGGAUGUGGUCAGCUGAUUCUGCACAUACCUUUAUUAUAGCGGGGAUUUCUGAAUCUGUUUCAGUACUGAUUUCAUGGCAUUUUUGUAAUCCUCUCUUCAGGAAACAUCAGGUAGUAUAUCUACAAAGUCUUACAGAUUAGCUAAUGGCGAAUAAGAAUAUUAUCCUUCUGUGUGGAUAUGUAUAAAUAUGAACUGCCUCUGUGUCCAGAUGGUAGGUCCUUACAUUUAUUUAGCUCUAAAAUGACAUUUACUGAUUGUUGGUAUGUGGUUAAAAAGAAAAUCAGGUUUAAAUCAGAUAUUUGUAUGUAUAGAUUUUUUUAAGCAUUUUCCUGUGUCGAUUGUGUUGUAUUUAUUCAUUGACCUGUACACAAUGGUUGUCCCUGUGGUCUCAGAUAUGGGAUCAGAAUAAAAUGGUAGCAGUGGGAUGUCAACUAAUAACCUACACUAGCUGCUAUGGGAAACAGACUGAGCAGUUCUCUACUAUACCCACUCCCAUAGACCGUUUGAAUUACAAGCAAGAGAACGGUUAUCCUAAAAAACUGAUUUUUUUUUUUAUGUGCCUUUUAACCAGCCUUGAAAUGACUGGUAAUAGUUCACUGUAUAGUCAAUUUGGGAGAAAAUGACAACGUUAACUAAAGUUACUUGAAUACCAGGAUACUGGUACUGUACAGUUAGUGGGUGUAUAUUUAUAUUGAACCUGUAUGUCCCGUUUAACUUGAGCAAACCUUUUCACAUUUAGAAUUAUUGACAGUUGGAAAGGAAAAGCAUUUUUGUGUUAGUUUAAUGUAGGCUUCAGAUGCCACACAACAUUUAUCUACUGACCUGUCUUACAUUUUCAAAUGGGGUUUUGCUGCUUAGAUGAUUAUGGGUUUGUGUGUUCCUGAUAAAAGCAGAGGUUCUGAAAAUGAUGGAAACUGGAGGUUCAAAACUUUAAUGACAGCUAAAUGAUGGAUCUUUAAUUGGCAUGUAAAAAGUACACAAUGUGUGGUUAUUUUUAAUGAACAAAAGAAAAAAACAAAAUCUUUGAAAAUAAAAUGUUACUUUUUUUU